AUGGACACUGAAUUGACACAACAAGAGAUCGACGUCAUCAGACAGGCAACAGAGCGCAGACAGAACUUGAUAAGUGCAACUGAACUCAUAUAUACCGCCAAGUACUUGAAACUUCAGGGUGGACAGCCAGACUACAUCAGAUACGAUCGUUUCCCAAACACCAUCAAUAAGUUCAGAAAGGCUGGCUUUGCUAUGAACCCAUACGAGAAGGUUAGCAAGAUGAGAUCAGGAGAGAUCAUUUGCUAUGGUCCACAAUCUGUCGUCCCAUCCGAGGGAAAUGAGAUCAAUGUGAGGAAGUACUACUCUGAAUGGGAGAUCGACUACAAGCUAUACGCUGAGAACCAGAAGAUACUCACCAAUUAA